AUGCAAGGAUGCCAGGUUCGCUUCCUGCUGUGCGUCGGCAACACGCUCGUGUCUCUUUGCGAGGAGGGCCGCCUCAAGGCUUGGGAUCUCAAGCACCGCCCCGGCGGCAAGAGCAAGGGGCCCCGCGGGGGUCCCCAGGGGGGAGGGGAGGGUGUCGUGGGUAAACCGACCUGCGACGCGGCCUUGGAAGGGGGCUUCGUGCCGACAGCGCUGGCGCACCCGCCGACGUACCUGAACAAGGUGGUGGUGGGCUCGGAGGGAGGAGCCUUGCAGCUGCGGGUGCACUCCUUCCAAAGCUUGGACCCUAAGGGUGCGGCGGUGAGCUGUAUCGAGCCGUCCCCCGCCCUGGACGUGGCAGCCGUUGGCCGCAGUGAUGGCCGUGUACAGUGUGGUCCCGGAGUACCGUAA